CAUCUUUGUGUUUUGUGUACUUUACUUUCAUGAAAUCCUCAUUUCCUAUGUAGUCUGUGGCCAUGUUCAAACUGAAAAUCUCAUCUCUAUUUAUUUUUAUGUCUUCAUUCAUUGUUGUUUAAUUUGAAGUGCAAUAGUCAAAUUUGCUUUUAGAGUUUUAAAAUUUCACUUCUAAGUGCGUGUUUACCUUUGCUUUGUGUCUUGUGAAUAGAAGUUUUCAUCUAGGAAAUAAGUGGAAAGAGAGAAAAUUCUUUUUGUUGACAAUUGCAGCUAUUGAUCUUUUGGACCCUAGAGUUUCUGGUUGAGGAGCAAGCUAGUUUGAAUUUUGGGUCUGUGUGUUUCAGAGAGGUUGUGAGGUGCUUGUAUGCAGUUCCUCACACCUAAUUAUACCCCAAAACUCCUACACCAACCCAAUUUUAAGUUGACAUGCUCCACCUUAUAAUUUGAGUGAGUGAAGACUCCUUUUCUUAGUUUUCAUGCUUAUUAUUUAGUUUUUGAAUUUUAAGUGGUCAUCAACAGGUCCACUAGGUUUUUGUUGCUGUUGGCGUCAUCCCAAAGGCAGCCACCUGAAGAAUAAAGAUGAAAGUGAAGAAGCAGAAGCGUCAUAGGAAGACUGUUAGAUUCUUCUCUGUUUGCUUUGGGUUUAGGCAGCCCUUCAAGGUGCUGUGUGAUGGAACAUUUGUCCAUCACCUUCUUGUCAAUAACAUCACGCCCGCUGACACUGCUCUCUCUAAUUGCCUUUGUGCCCCCAUCAAGCUCUUCACCACCAGAUGUAUUCUUGCGGAGCUGAAAACUCUUGGUGCUUCCUAUUCUCACUCCUUCCAAGCUGCUAACAAACUCACAACUGCAAGAUGUGAUCAUGAGAAGAGGAAGGGUGCCGAUGCUUGCAUUUUGGAUGUAAUUGGACAAAAUAAUCCUGAGCACUUUUUUGUUGCUACCCAGCAUGUUGAUCUUCGAAGCAAACUUCAGGAGGUGCAUGGUGUUCCUUUAAUAUUUGCUCUAAGAAAUGCCCUUUUCCUUGAGCCACCAUCUUCAUUUCAACGUCAGUUUGUCAAAGCUUCUGAAGAAAAACGUCUACAUAUGACUGAAAAGGAUCAUAAGUUAUUGGAGAGGAAGACUAGGGGCCUUUUGGAAAAUGAGGAUGUAGCACAGUCUAAUGAUGUUGAAGGUUUAGAGUCUCUUGAUCCCGGAUUGCAAGCGCACAACACAAGAAAGCAUAGUACUGGAAAGGAAUUAGGUGUGAAGGACAGAGUUCAAUUCAAGAGAAAAAAAGCUAAGGUGAACUCCUUGUCACCACAUCCUUUUAGACUCUCUUUACUCUUGAGAUUCACGUCUUGUAACUCUGGUGACACUGAAUUGUCUGUAUAUGGUGAAAUAUACUGAUUUGUAAUAAUCCUUGCACGAAUAGCUUGAAUGGAUAGAUUUGUAGAACAAAAAUGGCACAUGUUGCAUAAAUCUUGAAGACUCCAAUAGGAUUCUGAAUAUUCUGGUUAUGGUUGACAUCCUGCCAUAUUUGUUGACUGUCAAGGGCCAACAUUAGUAACAGUAGCCAGGCUGAUUAAAAGACUUUAAAAUAGCACAUGUUUUCUUGUUUUCCUUUAAUGUUUCUUUUUCUUGUUGUAAUGGAGCUUGAGAUCUGAAAGCUUGUGUUGGGUGUGGCAAAAGAGAACAUGUGCAUAUCGUUUUCUUUUAAUAUGUUAUGUGAUCUAUGGUAGUAUGGAAGUUUCAGUCACAUGACAUGGCUCAAGAAAUUUAAUGUAAAUAUGAUGGAAAUAAAUUCUUAUAUUCACAUGAUUCAACACUUCUCUUUAGGAAUCUAAAGAAGGUGACCAUAUUGUGAGAAGGAGCAGGAGAAGGAAGAGACCACGCAGAGAUAAAAACAUUGCAGGGGCAGACAAGGACAGCAAAUGAUAGCUUAUUGCUAGUGCCUCAAAUUUUGCCUUGGAGAUAGGAUUUUGCAGCGACUGAGAGAUUAGUUUUUGAUUGACUUGCUUAUUGUAAGUUUAGAAUUGGAUGACUUGAAGUUGAGUAUGGAAGUUGGUAAUUUUGCUCACGUCAUGGGGUGUUUGGAACUCUGAAAUGGGGCAUGUCAAUCUUGAGUUCAACUCAACAUUUUUCUUUUUUUCUUUUUUGCAUUCUUUAGAUUUGUCAUGGGCAUAAUCAUCCGUUAUUUAUUAGUGCUCUAAGUUAGAUUUGGUUUGAUAUGGGCCCUCUUUUAUUGGGAUUUCUAUUGUAAUUCUUUGAUUAUUAAUGAAUCUAGUCAAUUUUG